UACCCUACUGCUCCUGUGAAGUCAACGUCCAAUCCACUGCCCGCCAAUUGUUACAGCCCUGAUGGAACUGAUUGUUCCUGGUACAGGGACUGUUUGGAGAGUCAACACUACAACAUGUUUGACAACAACGGUCAAUUGUGGAUUGACGCUGUUAGAAAAUGUCUACAGAUAGCCCUUGUACCACUAAUUCGACAGUAUAAGACUGUAAGUUGUUCGGAAAUCAAGCAGACUGCAUUUGAAAGCCAUUCUCGAUGCUAUACAAGCCUCUUUCCCGGUGCUCCGUCUAUAUGCUUCAUCGGUGCCAGGAACAUAUUUCAGGUUUUUGUGACAAUAAAAUCAGCGUUUACCAAUGGCUACAAAGCAACACGAGAUCAACUUCUAGAGACGGCAGCACAAGAGGGUAGUCGACAUACUGUAAAUGUAAACAAAGCCCGAAAAUCAACAGAGAUUCCAAUACAGCUUCACCUGUGGUCCGAGUCACUCAGCAUCUUGGCCGAAUUUAGAUAA